GGGGGCGGGGCCGGCGCGGGUGGUGUGGGCAGCGCGAUGCGGGGCUCGAGCUGUGUGGGCGGCGGUGGCGAGAGCCCCGGCGGCGCGGGACUGAGCGAGGGCCCCCGCGGCCGAUGGCUGCGGCUGGCCCCAGUCUGCGCCUACUUCCUGUGCGUGUCCUUGGCCGCCGUGCUGCUCGCCGUGUACUACGGGCUUAUCUGGGUACCCACGCGGCCGCCCGCGGGGCCCGCCGACCCCCUGCCCAGUGCGCCUGCGGCUCCUUGUGCCCGUGCAGCGCCACCCGCCCCACCUCCUGCCGCCUCCUGCUCGCUCGGAGCCUCCGGCGGGCCGAGACCACAGCCGGGACUGCCACGGAGCCGUCGCCACAGCCACCGCCCAGCACCGGGAGCGACACCGGAGACGGAGACGGCGAGCCGAGCGCCUGGAUAGCCUGGCCCGCCCCCAUCGUGGCCUGCACCAGCCCCUUGUGCACCACUGGGCCUCGCCAGUGCUGUGCCUCCUCUACCCCUGGCCUCGGUCCUGAUCCUGUCCGACUUCAUCACAUCCCGCUCCUCCCUGGGACUCAGCGUUCAUCCGUUCAUCCGCAAAAAACUCCAGCCUCAGCUGCGCUUCCCUGGUCUGUGGUCGUCCGCAGCUCGUCCCCUCUAACCCUGUGGCCUCGCGGCCUUAGAGGCUUUUCUCUUCCACUGCUCUUAUGUAAAUUUUGGGUUGGAAUGGGGGAAAGCGGCUUGCCAGUUCCAGGGCCAUUGAAGGUCAGAGACUGUGAAGGCCUUACCGGUUUUCCGAAUGUCGCGAGCCCUUGUGUAGCUUUGGAGACAAUCGUGUGUGCUGGAGACUGUUGUUGGUAUAGUUUCCAGUAGCAGGGAUAGAGGCUCAUGCCCUGGCCAGGGAUGCUGUAGCUUUUUUUCCCAGGGUUUGGGUGGUGACACAUUUGCUGCUUUGGAAAGUGUGGAGUAUAUAAUGAAUAUAUAAAAAGAAAAAAAAAGGUGGGUACAGCCUCUGAUCUGCGCUGCUGUUGGUGCCACGGCUGAGAAGCCGGGGUAGCUUCUGAUAAAGAAGUCAGACGAUCGAGUCCAUUUUCCCCUUACCCGUGACUGGGGAUGGGGUUCUCCUGUGUGGUCUUCCUCACCCCUGAGCCGGACAGCAAGCAUCCUAGGAACGGAGCCUCGUGUCGGGUGGGAGUAUGUCAUCUACCCUGCUGGUUCCCUUCUGUUCCACCAGCAUUCCCCACGGGAUGACGCACAGCGAUGUACUUAACCUCUCUGGUCUUGUAAAACGAAGAUAGCACACUGUUGCUCGGAGAAUUAAACUAGUGAU